AUCAGACGUGGGGAUGCCCCCUGCAAGCUUGCAGGCCUGUCUGCUCCACUCUGAACCAUUCACAGUGGUGUGGCGUUUGGUGGAAGUGCGGACAGGAGAACCAGCCAGCCCCUCUUCCCCUGCCCUGAAAACAUGGACUGCUGGGCUGCUGGAGCCCAGGGCUUGCUGUCUUGCACUGAGAGGCUUGGCCAGCUUAGGAGGGCAGUUCCCCAUCCCCAUGCAGCAGAGCCCUGCCCUAGUAUUUAUGCUGGAAUCAGGACUUGGUGAGACACUAGUGCACUGGCUCAUUUUCUGGUCAUUUCUCCCGUUUGUGAUUGCUCAUAUGGGUGACCCAGGAAGCCCUUCAUUGCAUCUCACACAUGGACACCACCGGUGCUUCACUCUGGCUCAAGGUGUGCCUCCAGCCAGCCUUGGUUCUAAGAGAGCAUCAGGGUCCCUCUCUGUUCUUGUAAGGCUCCAAGAUGAGGCCAUAGAGUGCAGGACGGUGCCAUCCGCCACCAAGCCACUCACGAGGCUGAUUCCAGUGACUGAUGGCCACAGGCAGAAAAGGAGGCUUGUGUUCUAAAGGAAUGCGAAGAAGAGACAAAAAGCUUCUGUUGUAGCAAAUGCAAGUAUUGAUGCCAUGAGAACUCACUGCCUUUCCUGUUCUAAAGAAUGCCACUCCCAGCCAGCAGGCAGCCAUGGGGUCAGGGCUUGGAUGCUGGAGCCUUGGAGCUGGGUUCAGAUCCGACCUCUGAACAUACCUUGUCAAACGACUACCUUUCUCAGCCUGAGUAAAAGAGGGAAAAAGCUGCACCCCUGAGAGGGCUGUCGGAGUAAAGGAAAUUGACAUGCACAUACAUGUGCACACAUACAGACACACGUGAAGUGCCCAGAAAUGACAUGCACAUGCAUGUGCACACAGAGACACAUGUGAAGAGCCCAAUGCACUCACUUGGGAGUCAUUAUUAUUAUAAAAGUUACUGCUCUUGUCUGCGGAACCUGGAGCUGUCAGGAGAACUCCUGGGGCGGGAGUCAGACCAGGCAAAGCAAAGAACAGCAAAUAGCAGAGGGACAGAGACUUCUUUCUGAGCCAGAUAUAUUAGGUCUAAAAGGGCAGAGUGAACCUGCCGGCUACUUUAGAAUACUCUAAAUCCAGGAGGCCCCAAUCUGGCAAAUUGAGACAGAAUAUCAGCAUUUCAUGGGUAUCACGUUUUAUUAUUUUUGAACCAUGUCACAUUCCAUGAAUUCAUUUGGGUUCUAACCAGUCAUUCCGAGGUCCGUGCUCCCUUCCAGACGUGAAGGCCCAGUGCGAGCUGAGCUGGGGGCAGAGCAGGAGCAUCGCUGUUUGCCCUGGGUCCAUGGCAACGCCAGAGCCCAGCUCAACACAACAGGGCUUUUGUUUUCAUUUUUCAACUUUUUUUCGAAGCUUUGAGAAGGAACUGGAGAUUGGAGCGUGAAGAGCCCACCCCACACAAAGCCUCUUUUCAUGGCACUUGCUGUGCCUUGCUGUUUCUGCUCAGGAAUUGAGUCUUGGUGAAAUAUGAGAGGAAGUGUUUGAACUGAUGCUGGGGCAAGAUCUCAAAAGGAAGACUGAGUUUUGUCUUCUGUAGAACUCUGCCACAGAUAUUUAUUUUGGUUAUACUUUUUAUAACUUUUAAGGAUUCUUGGAAAUUUGCAAUAAAAUCA